AACAAUUAAAAACAAAACAAAUUACAUUCGAGAGAUAUAUAUAGAUGUACAUUCGGAUCCUAGUGGCCUUCUGGUAUUGAUAUUUCGGCGUGUUUCUGUGCAGAUCGGCGGCUGUUAUUGUCUGUGGAUUUACCUCAGAGCACCGAACGGAUAUUUCUCCGGUCGCGGAAGGAUUAUCGCGCUCGUUCCGGCACACACCGUCCCCCGCUCGGUUCAGAGAUCACGGGAUUAUCGGAUGGAGCGGAGCUGCAGCAGUCACGGACCGCGGUCCCGGUGUCCGGAGCUCCUGAACGGAGACGCGUCCAUGACCGUAUCGAUCCGCUCCACGACAGGGUCCCGCUUCGAGCUGUCCGUCCCGCUGGACGAGACCGUGCUGGGGCUGAAGCGGAGGCUGUCCGAGAAGCUCCGGGUUCCCGCAGAGCGACUGCUGCUGCUGCACCGAGACACGAGGUUAAACUCGGGAAAGCUGCUGGAUUUCGGUGUGGCUGACGGGAGCAGACUCACGCUGGUGCCCACGGUCGAAGCCGGACUGAUGUCGCAGUCGUGCCGCUCGGAGCAGUCGGUCCUGCAGGCGCUGGAGACGCUCUCAGACGCUCAGGUCAGUGACUUCCUGUCGGGACGGUCCCCGCUGACCCUUGCCCUGCGUGUGGGCGAUCACAUGAUGUUUGUGCAGCUGCAGUUGGCGGCUCAGCCGUCCAUCUCCAGGGGACCUGCGGGCCCCAACCAGACGCCUACAGGGGCCGAUAGCAGUGAAAACCCCUCAGACUCUCAGCAGCGGGCACUGGACGUCAUGAAGAGCCACAAUGCCCCGCCCUCAUCUCAUGUUCACCACGCCCACAGUACUCAAAGCCCCGCCCCUACUCUUCACUCACACCCUGUUAGCCACGCCCACUAUCCUCAAAGCCCCGCCCAUGCUCCGCCCUGCACUCAGGCUGAAGGCAGCACUCAGAGCCCCAGACAGCGAUGCAAACCCGGCGCCGUCAUCGAGAGCCUCGUCAACCACGCGCCGGGAGUUUUCUCAGGAACCUUCUCAGGUACUUUACACCCUAACUGUCAGGACAGCAGCGGGCAUCCUCGCCGGGACAUCAGCACCAUUCUGCAGAUCCUCAACGACCUCUUGAGCGCCACGCGGCAUUGCCAGGGAUCUCCUCCGAUGCUGACGCACCUCCACUGCCCUCCGGCCUCGCCCUGCUCACCUCCACCCUCACCUACCUCAGACCAGCGGCAGCCGCACGCACACCUGCGCAGACCCUCCGGAGAGCGUCUGCGGCAGACGGAGAAUAAAGCCAUGCGCUGUAAGCUGGAGCAUCUGCGGCUCUUACUGCAGCAGCGGCGUCUGCGACGGAAGGCCCGGAGAGACUCUCGCGGCCCGUACCGCUGGAUAACCCAGCACAAGAACCUGGACUAUCAGGAGCCGGUCUGGAAGCCCGACGUGCCGUCAGACGUGAGCGCAGAGCUUGUGCUGGCUUGAGCUGCAGCUGGAGGACGAGUCUGGACACACACACGGGCAUUAACAGCCGACUGUGAAACACUCAGGAGACGCUUUAUAGCGCUCACGGUCUGUUUGCAGAGGUUCUCCGCUCACUUCAUGGAUGUUACGAAACGCAGGAUGUAGCAUCACUUCACGUCAGGCGCUUCAGGAUGUUUUGCACAGUUCAGUUCUCGCUCUCGUGAGCAUUAAAAUAUGUUUGACGUGUUUUAGAGGACAGACGUCUGUCUUCAGACAGCUGGUUUAUGAAUCCUGGAUUUGGGCGAAUCUCCUGAAAACAGCUUAUAUUUCACCCCAAGAUCAAAAGAAAAUUAAUGUUAUUUUUCAUAUAUAGAAAAAGAAGCCUUUAUUUAUA